AGAACAUAAAAACGAUUAAACUAGCUGCUUAUCAAUUCCAUGUUAAAAGUGCUCGGAAACAGGAAAUGAUUAUAAUACACCCAGUUGCGACAGUGUGUGUAUUAUAAAAGAUGUACAUUUUCAAAACGAGAGCUUGUGUGAGUGUGUGUGUGUAUUAAACAAACGUCCGGGCGCACAGUCUAGCGAGCGCAGAGCAUCACAUUCGUCGCGGGAGGCGUUUUGGCGCUCGAGUGUCGCCUGCUUGGGGGUUAUCUAUAACAAAACCUGGCUGAGCCAUGUGCUUCUUAAUUAUUAUUACGAGAGCAGUGUGCCAGCCAAGUUGAAAGCAGUUUGACGUGUGCGAGAAGUGAAACAAAUUUUGGUUUAUUUUUCAAAUCCAAAUUUAUACUUCUACAAGGAAAAGUUCAGCGGGGAAGUGGCGUGAGGCCCACAGUGAUAAGCCGCGCUGACCACAAUCGUGCAUUUAUUCCUGGUUCAUACAUUCGAGUGUACACUUGGGCCGAUUUCUAGCCUCAACCACUCACGCUUCAUCUGCACUAUGUGUGGCAAUGUGUAAAAUGAAGCUGAGGGAGGUUGCAUUGGUUCUUUUUCUUCUUGUGCUAAUCCAAGGAGGAAAAGGGAACAAUGUGUCAACGGAGGCUAACGCUGAUAAAUCCAUAGAAGGCAAAAAUAAUGGACCAAAAGCUUUGGAUAAAUCAAAUGAUUCUUUGAGCUCAAAUCUAUCCAGUUCAGAUCCUACUGAAGAAGCCCCUGUGACAACACCAGCAACGAAAAACACAUCGCUUGCAUCAAAAGUCACUCAACCAGUCUCUACCAGCCAGUGGUCAACUUCUUCAACAACACUGGGAGUUAGACAGCCAGCAGGAGUAACGACAGGAAAUGAGCAAACUUCGGCCAGUAGCUUUGCUCCUAUAAAUGGACCCCCGACUACCCAACAAAUCAAUGCGUCAACAUCUGCAUUUCCAUCAACGAUCACUCUAACAACAAUUGUAAUGGGAAGCACGUCAAAACCUAGAGCGGUCAUGACAAAGCAAAGUUCUGCUCCUUCAAAUGGACCCUUGUCUACCAACAAAUCUAUUGUGUCAUCAACAACCCCGAUUCCAUCAACAAGUACUCUAAUUACGGCUACAGAAGAAGUCUCUUCAACACUAAUUACAUCCCAAGAUGAAAACUCAAAAAUUGAGGAAAAUACUGCUUCUAUCAGAUCUGAGAGCCAAACAUCAACGGAAAACACUGACAGUAGCGCAUCUGGCGCUGGAAUUCCCUCCACCGACUCCAGCAAAGAGCCAGCUUCUCCCGACAUCACAGAAACCCGACCAACAAGCACCAAAGAAAACACUAAGUUCAGUACGGCCACAACUGCUGAUGAAAAACCGCGAAGCUCUACACUUUUGACUGAAUCCAUGACUCCAGGUGAACUUCUACCCUCACCGCAAGCCGUUAAUGCAGACGACUUAUCUGCAACAACUAACAAGGCGGCCAAAUCUGAUCCAACGACAACUGACAGGACUUCCGCAAGAUCCACCCAAAAAAAUAAUGCAAAUGAUGCUGCCUCAACUGAGAAGACAAGUACAGUCGGGACCAACAAUGGCGAAAUAAAUGGAAGUUCUGCCCGACCAGCACAGACCACAGAGAAAUCCUCUACAGCAAGCGAAGAUGAGACAAUAAGAAUGUUGGAUCCACGACCGACUACCAGUGAUGGAUAUGCAUCCUCUCUAUCCACGAAUUCAAUUGAUACAAGUACUGACAACGCUCCAACAACGACAGCCGUUUUCGGAGAUACCACUGAAAACAACACAACAUGCGUUUCCAAGUUGGUUCAAAACUUGAACACAUCUAGUGAAACAUGGAAGAUUAUAGUAAGCUGGGAAUCACCAUGCAAAGGGAAAGAGUACACAUUUUCGAUCACUAAGAAUGAGACUUGCUUAAAUCCUGCUGACCCGCAAACCAAAAAUACAAACGAAACGAGCAUGAUCUUCGACACUGGUUUGAGGGGCGAUUGCAAUUACACGUUCAGUGUGGCCGCUCGUCUCUUGAAUGAUGCGACCAAUGAUGCAAUGAUUGUUACAUCAGAAUCAACGAGUCUAAGAAAACAUAAUGCUGAAUUAAAAGUGGAGAAAAUAAAAGCAGAAUGCAGAUGGAAUCUUUCAUGGAUUCCAGAAUCCGAAGAGGUUGCUGACAUAGAAAUAAUAUCCAUGACCAAGACUAAAAAAAUAAACGCGACUUCUGGAACGGCAACAGUGGAGUACGCAGACCUCCAACUCAAGGAGCGAGCAAUUAUAAAACUUAGCUUUACCAACAACAAGUCAGUAACAAUACCUGUCGGUGAAUCAGAAAUCUAUGAUAACGGAACCAGUGCAGUGCGAAAUCUCAAAUUUAACGAUUCAAAAAAUUUACUGUCGUGGGAAAAACCAGAAACUAUUUGUGGCUCAGUGAAAAAUUACGAAGUUAAAAUCAAUGGUAAUAAAACCUAUAACACCAAAGAAGGCUCGCUAGAGUUUCGUGUGGAUGAGAACGUAAUAGAGAUCCAGGAAAAUGCGACAGCAGUGGUCACACCUCUUGACAGUAGCGACAAAGCUGGCGAGCCAGCAGAAGUAAAUUUUACCAAAAAGGACGACAUUCCGCCAGAGCCCUCCGAUAGUGCUCAAGCAAAUAUAACUGGAUCCGCUGACGCGUCAAAACCGUCAAGACAAGUGGUUAUUAGCUGGCCUAAAAAUCUCUUUGGAUCGAAAGAAAUUGUUCGAUGGGAAGUACUGAUACAAAACAGCUCGGUUGCAGACAGCGAAGCUGAGACAGGGGGAUAUGAAGUUAAUGCAAAAAAGCCACUCAAAUGGAUUGAAUUUACCCAGGGCCAAAAAGGGUUUUACAGGCCUACAAAAGACGACUGGAAGCCUAAAGAAGAAGGAGGGAAAUAUUUCCUGGUGGUGGGCACUGAGGAGUGCAAUAAUGAAAAAGACUACUGCAACGGACUUCUCAACCCAAACACAAAAUACACAUACAAAAUCAGGGGCUUCAGCAAAAUUGGUUUCAGGGACUCACGUGCACUGUCUGUUGAAACAGGAGAGUACACGGGGGUGGCGAGCCAAAUUGUAGUUUCCAUUUUGUUCAUCGCCAUAGCUGGAGUGGUAAUGUUUGGAUUGUACUACACCAGGAGGAAUCAUCCAAGAUGCAUACAAAAAGCCAUGAUAUAUCUCAGACCCCUGAGACAGUCUCGGGAUCCAAUUUUGGAAAUGCAAGAAAAGAGACCACUUGUCAGCAAAGCCAUUCCGAAGGAUGAGUUUUCCAAAUACUUGGAAGAGUUGUUGAAUAUUGAUGAAAACGAGGAGACAAACGAGCUCGCCGAGCAGUUCAAACAACUCGCUCUGCUAAGCCCACCCCCGCCUUCGACGCAUCCUGAAAACUAUUCGGCGGCGAUGAUCCAGUAUAACAAGCACAAAAAUCGAUACAUCAACAUUUUGCCAUAUGACAGCACGCGCGUUGUGCUCAAGCAGAUCAGCCCCAAUGACCCGGAAUCGGACUACAUCAACGCAUCAUACGUGAAAGGUUUCAGCGGUGAAACGGAGUAUAUUGCUUGCCAAGGCCCACGUGCCGACACGGCCGAGGAUUUUUGGCGGAUGGUUUUCGAAAAAGACGUCUGCGUAAUAGCCAUGGUCACCCACUUGGAGGAGAAGGGAAAAGAAAAGUGCCACAAAUACUUUCCAGACAUGAGAGAGACGAUUCGAUACGAAAUGGUAGCAGUCAAGUGUGUUUUGCAAGCGGAUUUUCCUGUCUUUACCAGAAGAACCUUUUUGGUCCAAGAGACCAACGGAGUUCUCUUGAAAACCGUGAUCCACCUCCACUUCAAAGAGUGGCCUGACUUUGGAUGUCCUGAAACGACCGAUUUGCUCUUGAAUUAUACCAAAAACGUGAGAGAGGCCGCGAAUGAGCAUAAGGGAGGGUUAAUGCUGGUGCACUGCAGUGCUGGGGUUGGCCGCACCGGAACUCUAAUAGCGCUAGACAUACUGCUCCAACAGAUCAGAGUGAGCACCUCAUUCAACAUUUUCGACACCAUUUUGCAAAUGCGAUACCACCGAAUUAACAUGGUGCAAACUGAGGCGCAGUACAAGUUCAUUCACGAGUGUGUGCGGGACGCAAUCGAAGAGGAGAAGAAAAAUGGACAAUGGUUUGCAAUUGGAAAUGGCGGAGCAAACAAACAAGACCCAAUCUACCAGAACUUAAACAAAGAAAAAUCUGUGAGCAUCAUAACAGAGAUCAAUGAAAUCGACGACGAGGUGGACUCCGAGAUCGAGAAAAGCGCAGAGGGGAAUUCGACUGAGGGUACACAGGACCAAAUUUACCAAAACGUGAACAAAGAAAGGCCCCGUAGCAUUAAAAUAGAGGUAAAUGAAGUGAAGGACAAGGUUGCCGUCGGUGUCGAUUUUUCGUCUGACUUUGGUCAACAAAAGCCUACUGACAUUGAUUUAAUAAAAAAUCAUGCUAAAGACGAGGUGGCCACCGUAAUUGAGAAAAGCGCGGAACAGAAUUCUCCUGGGGAAAAUCAAGAUCCAAUUUAUCUGAACGUGAGUCAAGAAAAGCCUCCUGAAAGCCAGGAAUCUAAGAACGACGGGAGUGGGGAAAAACCCACUCAACCCAUCAUUCCAGUUUUGCAUUUGGCAAAUGCUGCAGAAGCAACCAAUGAGAAUGUAGAAAUGACAGAAGAAAUCGUGCCUUUAGUUGAACAGUCAGAAACUCUAGAGGUCACAAAAUUGUGACUUGACUUUAUAUAAGACUUACUUAAAUUAUUUACCAUGUCAAUUGUUUUUAAAAGUCCAAACAUUCCAGACGGAAAUUUCAAAAAGAUAGUUAUAAUCUGAGCGAAGAGCUCCAUGCCAAAUAUUUAGCUCCACUAUGUAUUUAUCGAUUUGUACAUAUUUAAAUUAUUGUUGAGUAUUCAUUUGUUAAUUAAUUGUAGCCAGGUUUUCUGGGGGAACAAUCAAAUAUACUAAAUAACCCGAUAUUGCUUCUAACAAUAAACUUAAUACCAUAUAUUUUUAGCAGUUGUUCGCGCAAUGUUAUGAGUUGAACUGGAUAAAUAAAUUUAAAAAAAUAAA